UUCCCUGCUGAUCGCAAGGUCGAAUACAGCUCACGCAGCUACGACUAGAGGUCUUGUUUUCUCAACCGAACCUCAGGGCAUGACUGUAAUUUGAGUAAAAAAUUGACAGUUCGAACGCGUUGAAAGUGCUUUGACGACUGUUCAUGAAAUUCAAGGUACUUAUGACAGGGUCCACCGGUCAGUGCACAAGGUGGUGAAAUAUGUCAACGCGGUACAUGAAGAAGGUCUAUGGGGGCGACGAGGGCCUCGAUAAAGAUUGCGAUCCAAGCGACGUCGAAAAUCCGGUUACCGGGGGUGUCAGGCGGAAGCAGUUCAACGUCUUCGACUUGCUGAAUCAGAACUCUGAAAGUGAAGCAAAAGAGGAUGACGACAGGGAGACGUCGACCGCCGCUGGAGUUCUGUCCGAAGAUGCCAAACGCAAAAAGAAGAAAAAGAAACGGAAGAAGACUGACAAUUCAAAGGUCCAUCGGACAGCCAGGCGGAGUUCGGAGGACAACGAAGAGGUCGAUGAGAUCGAGCGAACCGUUAGGGAGAUCAACGAACUCCUGGGUGAGCCUCUACCCAAUUCCAGCGGAGGCGAUCUUCAGGAUUCAAGUUCAGGGUUGCAGAAGAGCAAAGAAAAUGUUCUUACCGUUCAACACAAAAAUUUGAACCCCUACAAUGAACUGAAGAGGAUAUUUGGCAGCAAAACCAUUCAGGCUGAACAAAGUAAAAGACGAGGUCGAGGACGCUCUGGCCACCUCAAGAAAACGUGGCUGGUAUCUGCGCGAGAGAAUUGGCCGCCGAUCGGUAAAUCUGGUCUCUCAAUGUCGUUGGAUCCAUCCCCGGAGAGUAAGGAAGGGGUUCAGUAUUUCAUGUACGAUCACAACUCGUCUUACCGACAGACCCAAAUGAAGUUUUUGCAAGCAGUUGAGAGCCUAAACCCUGAUAACAUUGUCGCCAUUAUAAACGCCCAUCCAUAUCACGUCGACGCUUUACUACAACUGGCCGAACUCUGCAAGCUCAGCGAAGAUCUGGCUAUGGCUGCUGAACUGACAGAGCGGGCCUUGUACUGCUUAGAAUGCGCCUUUCAUCCGCUGUUCAAUGUCACCACUGCUAACUGCAGGCUGGAUUACAAAAGACAGCAGAAUCGUGCCUUGUACAUAACGUUGUUCAAACAUUUGAUUUUCGUUGGUGGCCGAGCGUGUUAUAGGACAAGUCUGGAGUUUUGUAAAAUGUUGCUGUCCCUCGAUCCUGAAAAUGAUCCACUGGCGAUAGUCCUGGCGAUAGACUUCUACGCAUUGAGGGCACGAGAGUACGGAUGGUUCAUAGAAUUUUGUGAGGCCUGGAAAGACAGCCGAAAUCUUAGCCAGCUUCCCAAUAUUGCAUACAGUUCGGCAUUGGCCAGUUUUCAUCUUGGAACUGAUGGCCUGGCUGAUGAGCUCCUUCAAAAUGCUUUGAGCAUGUUUCCAAGUUUGCUUAUACCAUUGCUGGACAAGUGUGGAGUGCAGACAGAUUCGAGGGUGAUGGGUCACGAUUUCUUCAACAGUCACGCCAAGUCCACAACUCCUCCUGCAUUGGAGAAAAUUUUAGCUCUCUAUGUGGUGCGCAGCUAUCAUCUGUGGAAAGAGGCUGACAUCCUACCUUGGCUUGAACGAAAUGUAAAUAAGGUUUUAGACCGAUAUGACGCUGGCCAUGAUUUCUUCAAGUAUUGCGUAGAAAAACGCGCGAAGCGGUAUCAGGGAAAAUUGCCAAAAAGUAUCUUGAGACAUAUCAUUCUCUCAGACAUCAAGGAAAUAACCGUCGACAUACAGGAGAUACAAAAUCAAGGACCAGUCUUAUCACACGACCCCCUUCCACCAUCGGAUUCGAUUGACUUGUACACACGACUCCAGGUUAAUCCCAGAAGCAACUCCAACAACUCCAAUCUAUUUUCCCUCUUCUUUACCUCCCUGUUUACGGACAUGGAGGAAGACGUUGUCGCCGCAGCUGCAAACGGCUAUAACUUGUUCGAAAACGCAAUCGACAACGCGGGAAACGUCGAAGUAGCCCGAGAUGCGGUCAGAGCUGAUCUCAGGAGGGCGGUAACUAAUCUGCUACACGAAGUCGGCAAUUUAUUGUUACACAGGGCACCGGACGGUGUUAACGACGCUGAUGCCGAUGAGGAUACGGAUAAUGAUCAGGAAGGAGACUAGCUUCUGUGACAACUUGAAGUGUUGUUACAAUAUGACCAUCGAAAACUGUUUAUAUACGUCCGUUUUUAAUAUUUGGCGUGUGCUUCAAGAUGGACCACGUUUCUCUAUCUCGUAUAUGAUACAGGAAAGUCUUAAAUGUAACGGAAAAUUCUGGUAUUUUGUUAAAUUUAUUCAGCGCGAUGGUCUGGCUGAUGGAGAGAAAGAGUACGUUAAUGAAUUGAUUAUUAUCAGAUUGUUGACUGAUCUCGUAUAUGAACAUACGGAGAACGCAGAAAGCAAUUUAAGUUUGGGAAUAUGAAUGUGAAGUCCCGUGAUGGACGGGAUUUCGUCGUUAGCCUGUGAUUGAAGGAUGUAUACAAUUAUACAUGGUAAACAAAACGUAUUCAAGUUAAGCUUUUACCAUUUGAUUUCAUAAAACCAAUAUCAUGAAUAUAUGUAGAAUAACGGGUCUAAUACCGUGUUGUGUAUAAAUAUUUGAUAUCUUGAAUUUAAAGGGAACAAUUAUUCAUUUGGAUUAUAAUUGCCUCGUUUUAGUUAACAGGGUAAAAACAGAAAGUGAUAUGGUGGAUUUUGCAGUAGGGGAGAUUCAACACGAAAUGUAAAAACUUUCGGCGAGAAACGAUACAGCUUUUUGUUGCAGGGAAAGCAAAAGAAUGUGAAUAUAUAUAUGUUGAAUAAAUGUAAUUAGAAAAGA